AUGGCGGACACGCCAAAACACAGCAUCCAAGAGGAAAAUGUCGAAUUUCUCUAUCUUGAAUUCGACACAGUCCUCCCGACUCCGCAGAUUACAUUGCCACCGGGACCAGGUCAAUCACCACCACCAGAAAGCCCAAAACUCGAAAAAUACAUAUCACCGUUUCUGUGGCCCAAAUGGCGGAAGUCAAUGAUGACAUGGAUCGCUUGUGCAGUCACUGCUCUUUCCGGUUAUUCAGCUGGUGAAACUAGUCCCGCGUCGACAGAGCUCACUGCUGAGUGGCACAUCAGUUCAGUGGUAUACAAUCUGGCAAUCACGAUUUUCUGUAUCGGCUUCGCUCUUGCUCCAAUGGUAUUGGCUCCCUUUUCGGAAAUCAAUGGAAGACGGCCAAUUUUCGUUGCCAGUGGAGUGAUAUUUACCGCGUGUCUAAUAGCAUGUGGAGGAACACAUUCUUUCGCAGGCUUGCUUGUUGCAAGAUUUUUCCAGGGUGUUGGUGGAUCUACAUUUUCCACAAUGGUUGGUGGUGUCAUCAGUGACAUCUAUCAUGCACACGAUCGAAAUACACCAAUGGCGCUAUUCUCAGGAGCAGCUCUCUUUGGCACAGGACUCGCCCCCCUUCUUUCCAGCGUCGUUGUAUACCACACCACAUGGCGGUGGAUCUACUACUCGCACGCGAUUGUUUCGGCAUUCUUUGUUGUCUUGAUCUUUUUGUUCUUCAAGGAGACCCGAGGCAGUGUCAUUCUGAGUCGGAAAGCCCAGGCGCUUAAUGCGUACUAUGAAAGUCUAGAGAAGGCUGGACACUAUGGAGUCAUCAUGUCUAUAGAACAGUCUGAUGAGAAAGAAGAUAUCAGACGCAUUCGAUGGAAGGUCAAAAGUGACGAAGAACGGCAAUCUUUGGUUCAGAUGAUCAGUGUUUCCUGCGUUCGUCCAUUUCACAUGUUGUUCACUGAACCAGUCGUGUUUUUCUUUUCGCUAUGGGCUGCCUUUAGCUGGGCUGUGUUGUAUCUACAGUUUGGCUCGGUUCCCUUGGUUUUCCAAACAAAUCAUCAUUUCAACGUCGAACAGAGCGGAGCUGUCUUUACCUCGAUGUGUGUUGGCGUUAUCCUCGCAACUGUCCUGAGUAUUUGGCAAGAUCCAAUUGUGUCGCGAUUUAUCAAGUUACCCGAGUCACCAGAGAGGCGUUUGUAUUUUGUCUGUGUCGAGGCCAUCUUGAUGCCGAUCGGGUUAUUCUGGUUUGGAUGGACUUCUUACCCGUCAAUCCCAUGGAUUGCUCCUACCUUGGCCGUCGGUUGUUCCACAAUGGGCAUUUUGACAAUCUACCUGGCCGUCUUCAACUACCUGGCUGAUACAUACCACCGAUAUGCAAGCUCUGCUAUCGCAGCCCAGUCUUGCUGCCGGAACCUCCUUGGUGGUGUCUUUCCUUUGGUCACGAGUGCCCUAUUCACCAAUCUAGGAUACCCAGCAGCAUCAAGUUUGCUAGGCGGAAUUGGUACUGCUCUAACUCUCGUGCCAUGGGUUCUUGCCUUUUAUGGCCCAACGAUCCGUUCCAAGAGUAAGCUUGCUAGUGAACUUGCGCGUUAA